GAGAACAGACUGUGUAAAAAAAAAAAGAGUUAUAUCAAAGGAAGCUGGUUCGUUGUGAAGGACUUUCGAUUCGUGACUCAUCGUUUCAAUGGAUCCCAUGUAUUUCAACGCUUGGUGGAAUAAUCCAAGUCCAACUCCUCACCUUGCAGCCAGUGGCUGGUACAUGCAGAGUCCCAAAGUUGGCAGUGGCCUUCAGCCCCCUCCUCCUGCCCACAACAUGUCUGGUCACCCAUCCCACCCUCCUGCUGCAGCAGCUCAGCUGAACCACCCACACAACUCUGGCCAAACCCUACAGCAGAUGGUGCCUCGUCCCAUGCAACAAGCUGCUCCUGUCUACCCUGGGAAUCUCCAACCAAGGCCUGCACACACUGGAGCCUUGCCCUCAGCAGCUAAUGUGACAGCCACAACUAUCCCGGGUGCUGUGGUACCACCAAAGCUGCCUCAACUUGCGCCUGUUACCACUGACUCGCCAUAUACUGCUACUGCUGCAGUCCAAAAGCCUCCUCCUCAACAGCAACCACUCCCUCACCCACCAUUUGCCACACCAAUUACAUCAGCUGCAGCAAAUCCCUCUCUUCAAACAACACAAUUGCAGACACCACCACAGCAGCCUAAGCCCCCAGUGCUGUCUCAGCAGCCAAAAUCCGCAGCUCCUGCACCACAGCAGCCUAAACCUCCUGUAUCAUCCACUCAGCAGAAAACUUCAGUUGCACCACCUACUUCUGUUCCCAUUUCAAAGGAGAGUUCUGAUCAAGCUAAGAUGAUAUCUCAAAUAGGUGCUGCUGUUACAUCUGGAACAUCAAAUGCAGCACAACAACCAAAAGCACAACAAAUUCCAGGCCUCCUUCCUGUUACUAGUAAUUCCGUCCAGGUUCCUGCUGCUGCUAAACCUGCUGUGACAUCUACACCCAAACCUACACAACAAGUGCCACAAGGUGCUCCUCCAAUACAGCAGGCUAGUCCACAGCCAAUGGUACAGUCCAAGUCUUCUUCACAUCAAUCAGGAAAUGUCAACACACUAGUUCAUCAGCCACAAGCUAAGACAAGUGUUGCUAAUGCUCCUCUAUUACACACCCCGAGUUAUCAGCCAAGCUCCAACAAGCCCAACUUGCCUAGUCUUACUAGCAUCAACAAACCGCAGCAGCAGCCACUAACACCUCAGCAGCAACAACCACUGCAACAGCAGCCACCUCCACAGCAACCACCUCCACAACAGCAACAACCAUCACAACAGCUACUACCAUCACAGCAGCAACAGCCACCACAACAGCAACUGCCACCUCAACAGCAACCAUCGCCACAACAACAACCACCACCACAGCAACCACCACCACCACAGCAACAACCACCACCACAGCAACAACCUCCACCACAGCAACAACCUCCACCACAGCAACAACCACCACCACAGCAACAACCACCACCACCACAGCAACAACCAUCACAACAGCAACUACCUCCACAACCACCGCAACAACUACCACAGCAGCUACAACCCCUGCAAGCUACACAAAUGCAUCAGCCUCAACAACAAACGCAAGUUGCGGUGCCCCAGCAGCAUGUACCACACCAGCAGUGGCCGCAACAACAGCCAUGGCAGCCGACCCCACAGCAACAUCAACAGCCACAGCAGCAGCAACAACAACAACAACAACUGCCUCCACAACAACAAGCUAAGCCUUUGGCACAACAAUCACAGCCUGCAAAACCUCCUACUGCAUCUCCUAAUAAGCCCACUCAUGUUCCACUGGCCACAGCUGCGGCUGCUGCCGCUGCAACAAAACCAGUUGCUGCUACAUCAGCAACACCUGGUGCAAAACCCAAUGCAGUUACGGCUCCUCCUGCCAACACCAAAGCUGCCACCACCACUGCACCUGCAAGCAGUUCUCCAAAGGUUGGUGCACCAGCUGCAUCACCUCAGCCUGCUGCCGUAGUGAGCAUGCAGCAGUCUGGUAGUCAGCAACAACAGCAGCAGCAGGCUCCUCAACAAUCAUUCCGUCCAUCACCUCUGAGAGGAGCUCCCAGCGCUCGUCCUCCUGCUGCUGCAGGCUCUCGUCUGGAAGCGGCUACUGCCAGACUCACGGCCAAUCAGCCCAGCGUCAAUGGCGUUCAAAGCAAUGCUCAGACACCAACCACUAAAAUUUCUCCUGUUAAAGCCUCUAGUACAACAACACACACCGUGACUUCUGUCACACAGGCACCUGCUGGCAGAACAGUUGCUCAACCAUCUGUUAAUACUAGUAGUGCUAUAACGGAUACUGCUACUGCUGCUGCUGCUACUUCUCCCUCCAAAGCUCCUGCUCCAUCUCCUACUCAACAGAAACCUCAGACCUUUUCACCUGUCAGAAGUAAAGAGGCAGUUGCUGGAGCAACACCUAAUGGAUNCAGCAGGCGACCUGCUGAGCAAUACCAGAGCCCCAGCAUUGAUCCGGCAACAUCCAAGCCUAGGAAAGUCAAUUCAAAUAAAGCGGAAGACAAACCUGAGGAGUUGACGGUCUUCUUCAGAAACGAGUAUCUGGCAGUACGGAAUCCUGAUGCGGGUUUCUACCUGUGCCAGGCUUGCCAGAACGUCAAGAGACGCACCACAAGCUUCAGCAUUCGCUGGCUCUCACCACAAGCCGACAGCCCUGACCUCUUCUCUCCUGACUACUACGACAAAACCGUGGACCUGUCGCUCUACAAUGAUGAGUCGCAGCUCAAGAAAAGGAAGAGAAAACCCGAGGACAACAAUGACGAGGAUGCUGAGGGCUAG